AUGGCCCCCUUUGAAAACCGUCUCUCUUUACUCCCAGAGACAAUUCUCAUCACCAUUGUCUCACUUCUUCCCAUCAAAGACGCUGUUAGGACAAGCAUCUUAGAAAAGCAAUGGCGGUACUUGUGGCGUUCCAUACCUCAUGUAGAAAUAAACGAGCGCCUCUUUGCCACCCCUCUCACCGGAUUUGAUCAACAACACUCAAAUAUCAAACUUAAAGGGCAAAAUCACAAAUUCAUCCGAGAGUUUCAUUUCUUAGAGUUCGGGUUAAAGUGGCUAUUACAUGAAAAAUUUCCUAUCCCAUCUUUUAGUCUUACUUUCUCCAACCCUCAAAAUUGGGAAGAUAAAAUUGAAAAACUCAUAAGGCUUGCCCUUAAACGUAACACCAAGUCUCUAGAACUCGAUUUUUCGUGUCUAAGUUGGGAAGAAAAACUCCCUUUAGCCGAUUCAACUCUUGAAAAGUUUGAUCUUCCGAACUUUGUCUAUUAUUACACCCACUUAGAGUCCUUAAAAUUGGUAUCAUGCCGAUUUAUGGACGACAAGUUCACGACUAUAGGUCGUACUUUAAAAAGUGUCACUUUGGCGUGGGUUAGCAUAGAAGACGUAUCGACCCUUAGGAGAUUGUUGCUAAGUUGUCCGAAAAUCGAAUAUUUAAGUUUGUCUAAGUGUUUUGAUGAAACCGAUUAUGUGAUUGAAUCCAACACAUUGGAGACGCUUGUCAUCGACAAAUGUGUUGAUUUGUUAAGCUUAACAAUUGUUGCAACUAAUCUUAUAAAUUUCAAGUAUUGUGGUGAAGUUGUACAAUUUGGUAUCAUCGUGUCUGAUAAAUUGCAGACGGCCGAUUUAGAUUUCGGCUUCGUCGGAAUGUUUGUUGAGGAACAUGGUGAGCAGAUUGUCCGUCUUCUUGACUGCCUCAGCCCCGCAAGGUCUUUGAUUGUUAGCAGUUACGUAAUGCAGGUACUUCCUCUUGUAGAUGUAAACCCUGCGAGAAACCAUGCGAGAAAUCUGACAAUUAAAACUGCUUUGCAUGAAUUGGAAUUUGAGGGUAUAUCUAUUCUGUUAGAUAGUUCCCCUUUGGUGGAGGAAGUCGGGUUCGAGCAUGGUGAACAUAUCAUUUUCGAGGAAGACAUGGCGUACUAUGGCUACUAUGCGCCUACGAGCCCUUUAACAUAUUGGGAUAGAUUGAUCCCAAGUGCACGAGGAUGUGUACCAAAUAAGUUGAAAGUUGUGGAAAUAAUAGGGUUUCAAGGAAAACCAAAUGAAUUUAAUCUGUUAAGUAAUUUUGUUAAAUAUGGACGUGCCUUAAAAAAACUCGUCUUAAGGGCUGCUAAUAAAAUUGGAGAGGAAAUUGCUAUCUGCAUGAAAGAUUUUGCUGAGGAGAACAAUGCAAAAUUUAAGGUUCAAGUCACCUCUCAAGAUGGUGUCAUCUACGAAGGAACGCAAGUGAAAGAAGUUGUUCAAGUUAUCUGA